CUGAAGUCGAAGUCCUUCACAACGUCGUAAGACGCGAGCGGUGUAGUACGUAUGUCUCGUCGUGUUUAGCGCGCGCGAAAACAUGAUCGAUGCAAAACAAUGAAAUCUUUAUUGUGAUAUCAUUUAAAUCAAGAUGAGGUGCUUCGUUGUGUUAUUUUUAUCUGUGACCCUCGCGUUCGAGACCGCAGCGGAGGCGUAUGUCAGGACAUGUGAACCCAUUAAAGUAGCUAUGUGUAAGAACAUUGGAUAUAACCAGACUGGAAUGCCGAAUUUGGCUCGGCAUACCCUACAAGCUGAUGCCGAUGUGACUCUUCAGACAUUCAGCCCGCUAGUUCAGUACGGGUGUUCAUCACAGUUGCAUUUGUUUUUAUGUGCGGUUUAUGUUCCAAUGUGUACGGAUAAAGUCGCUUUACCAAUCGGGCCGUGCCGGGGUCUAUGCGAGAGUGUUUACACAAGGUGUUAUCCAGUAUUACGGGGUUUCGGUUUCCAAUGGCCGGCUGAAUUAGAUUGUUCACUCUUCCCGGCUGAAAAUAAUCAUGAGCACAUGUGCAUGGAGGGUCCAGGGGAGCGAGCUCCGCCCAUUGGAAAUAUUCCGUUGGAUGCAACAAAUGCUGGUAGAGGCGCCUGUCGAAGACUUUUGAAGCCGAAUAAUUGGGUAUAUGUUCGAGGUUCCGCUCGUUGUGCACAAUUCUGCGAUGCAGAAGUUUUGUGGGAUGCAGGAGAAAGGAAAGCCGCUGAAGUGUGGCUUGCGACAUGGGCGGCACUUAGCUUCGCUUGCACACUGGCAGCGGUUGGAGCUCAAUUGGCUUGUGGAGAUCGUGGUGGUGCUGGAGAAAGAGCCCUUGUGUUGGUAGCGCUGUGCCGUUGUGCUGCUGCUGCUGGUUGGGGGGUUCGUGCUGCAGCUGGGAGAACUGCCGCUGGUUGUGCCAAGGAUUCUACAUCGCCUACUCGAAUGCUGCUUGCCCACGACGGACUGGCAAAUCCUAAUUGCGCUGUCGUGUUUCUGUUGCUGUAUUAUUUUGGCUUAGCAGCAUCUGUUUGGUGGGUCGUAGCGGCGGGGGCUUGGCGCGCGAGUGUAUUACGUCCACCAACGACCCCAGCCUCCAGGAAUGACCGUCAUUCUUCCCUACUCCAGCUAGCAGCGUGGGGUGUGCCUGCGGCACUAGCGGCAGCAGUACUUGUUACAAGGGAUGUCGACGCUGAUGAAUUAACAGGUACUUGCUUUGUCGGGAACCAGUCUAGUAAAUCGUUACUGGCGUUGGUGAUCAUCCCAGAAGCGAUAUGCUUGUUGCUAGGCAGCGUUUUUCUUGCUUCUGGGCUGCGAUCGGUUCUUCGUCGUCCGGUUCCUAUCCCCGCUCCGACAGCAUUGCUAAAUUCGCCCGCACCAGCUCAUCAAGAUCAGAGUUUGUUGAGACUAGGGGCGUUCGCCGCACUUUACGCUGUACCGUCAGCGUGCAUCUUAGCGACGUGGAUAUAUGAAUAUAUUUUAAGAGAGGAUUGGCUGUCCGCGCCAGUUCCUUCAAGCGAACCGUCGACGCAGCCGCAACCAGCUCUCUGGGUGUUCCUGUUCCGAAUAUUCGCAACCCAAGUGCUUGGAGUGAUGGUCGCUAUAUGGAUAGCGACGCCACGCUUAAAGGCUUUAUGGCGAAGGAUAUCUGGUCCGAGGAAGCCAGCGCUGUCCAAAUGCGCCACGGGCCCCACUCCGGCCCCUCUAACACUGCAGUGCUACGCCACACAUUCUCAUUCUUUGACCCGGCAUCCGCAAAAAUACGCCACAUACAGACCACCGCAACAACAGUCUUACAGAAAGCCGCGGCACUACCACUACUCGGCCGGGGAGACUAUUCUAUGACUGAUACCCUAUUUAACACUGAGCUAAGACUGCCGAGGCUCGCCUCUCCUGCAUCGUUGGUGUGUAAUAAAGACAUUGUGUAAUACGAGUGCCAUUAUGUAAAUUAAUCGAAUCUAUUUAUAGGAUGAGAAAAAUUGUAUUUUUUUAUAGAUGUAUAAUUUAAUUGACCGUGAGAUAUAUGUAUUGUACAAAACAAUAAUUAUAGUAGUUCAUGAAUAUAAAACCAUACACAAUCCUGCAUUGUGUACGGAGGUCCUGUUGCUAUGGUCAUGUCCUUAAACACUAAGCUUUUGUUCAUUUACAACACUCUUCUUGAUGUUAUUUAUAUUGAGAACAUUUUGACAUUGACGGCUUUUUUUUUUCACAAGUAAUUUAAUCAUUUUUAUUGAACAUAAACAAGUUUAUUAAUAA